GUUUUACUAUAGGCUGCCCCUCGGAUUAUGAGCUGCGUAGGCUCGCAAGAGGCUGUACUGAACGUUCUUGGGGAUUUCAUUGCCUAACUUCCACCGAACGUUAGCUUGAGUGGGCCUGGCGGGACGCACACAGUUGCUGUUAUUAGGGCUGAAACCCUUUAUGUAUCCAGCUAGUCAAUUCUACCUUGCUUAAGAUGAGCGUAUCCGCAUAACAGCAAGAUCAAGCCGAAAUGCCGCGCUGCGACGACGACGCAGUAAGCGUCGUCAGCUCUACUGCUGGUUCUAUCGCGCCAGAGAGAAAAGUACCAGCUGUUAUCGCUAAUAAAACAAAAGAGGAGCUCCAAAUAUUUGUGCUUGACCUCCUCAAAAAGCUCAAGCUGCGCGACAAACAACUUCAGGAAUUGGGCGCUGGCAAGAAGGCUGAUGGUGGAGCAACCACUGAGUCCGAACAUGGCAGCGUGGCAUCCCUGGUGCGGCGGGCCGAGCGCGCGGAGGCUUGCGCCCGUGAGGCGGAGGAGGCCAGCAGCGCCCUUCGGGCCGAGCUGGCACUGACAAAGGACUCGUUGUCAGAGGCGCACACGCGGGCAGAGGAGGCGCUGUCCCAGCUGGCUGCUGCCCGGGAGCAGGCGGACGCGCUGGUGGCCUCCUCCCGCAGCAGCGCAGUGGCAGCGGAGGAGCGCAUGCAGGAGCAGCUGCAGGAGAUCGAGUCGCUGCGCGCCGCGCUGUCCUCCACCAAGCAGUCCCUGGGCGACUGGGGCGAGCGCGAGGCGGCCUACCAGCAGCAGCUGGCCUCGCUCAAGGGAGCGCUGCGGGACAUGUCGGACGAGCGGGAGGGAGCCUUCUCGCGGCUGGGUGAGACCCGGGAGCGCAUUGCGGAGCUGGAGGAGCAGCUGGCGGAGGCGGAGGCCAGGGCGGCGGAGGCUGCCAGCGCCGCCGCCUCGGAGCUCAUAGCCGCACAGGCGCAUGCAGCGAGUCUGGAAGCAGAGCUAGCGGCAGCCAGGGCGGCGGCGGAGAGCGCUGGCGGCGCCGCCGCUGACAGCCUCGCGGCGGCGCAGUCCCGCAUCGCGAGCCUCGAGGCCGACCUGGCGGCGUUGGAUGCACAGGCAGCGGAGGCGGCGGCCGCAGCGGCGGCGGAGCUCGCAGCCGCACAAGCGCGGGUGUCUGAGCUCGAGGCCAAAGCAGAGUCGGCAGCAGGUGAGGGCGCGUCCGCAACCUCUGCCGCCGCCGCUGCGGCUGCUGCUGCAGCGGAGGAACUCCUCGCUGCCCAGGCCCGUAUUGCGAGCCUGGAGUCGGAGGUAGCGGUGGCGGAGGGCAAGGCAGCGCAGGCAGCAGCACAAGUCGCGGAUGCUCAGGCGCUGGCAGCCAGCCUACAAAACGACUUGGCAGCAGCCACGGCCGCCGCCACCGCCGCCGCGGCUCGUGUCACCGAGCUGGAACGGGAGCUAGCAAAGACCAACGCUGCUGCCGCUGCCGCUGCUGCUUCACCAGCCUUGCCACAGCCAGCACCCACCGCACCGUUAGGUACUCGCUCCGCCCGAGCGAGCAGUGCUGGGAGCGCCGCAGUCGCCGCCACGGCUACUACCGCUAACCCCGAAGCUGCGCUACGCGAGGCGCUGGCGCGUGUUGCGGAUUUGGAGGGCGAGCUCAUUGCCACGGCUAGGAAGCUGGCGGAGCAUGAUGACGCCGCAGUGGCUGCCAUGAACAAGGAGAAGCAGCGGUACGCGGCACUGGAGGGGAAGCUGCAGGGCGUGCAGCAGCAGCUGGCGGCGUUGAAGCAGCAGCAGGGGCAGCAGCACCGGCAGCCCGAGCAGCAUGCGGAGGGGGUAGCAGCAGGAGGGACCGAGGAGAAGGGGGGCAGUGGGGAGGGGGCGGCAGCAGCAGCGGUGGAGGAGAAGGAAGCGGGGGAGCAGGCGGAGCGGUUGCGGCAGUUGGAGGAGCAGCUGGCGGCGAGCGAAGAGCGGGCGCGGGAACUGGAGCAACAGGCACAGCGUCUGGCGGCCGAGCGCGAGGACCUGCUGCUGCUGCAGGACCAGGCGGCCGGGGAGAUCACGUCGCGGCUGGCGGUGCUAUCGGAGCGGGAGCGGGAGAUCAGCGCCAUGCAGGUGGCGCUGCGGGACGCGGAUGCGCGCAUGGAGGAGAUGCAGGCGCGGCUGGACGAGCAGGAGGAGCAGGGGGACCAGGCGGAUCAGGUUUCGGAGCUGCUGCACGCUCGCGGGCUGCUGGCGGCGCAUGCGGAGGCGCUGCAGUCGGCGGUGGCGGAGAUGGAGGCGGCGCAGCAGCUGGCAGCUGGGCGGGCGCAGGAAUGCGGGGACGUCCUGGACUCCGUCUCGCGUCUAGCAGCGCUAGGGCGGCCGCAGCCAGCACAGCAACAGGCGGCGGAGGCUCAACCCCUUCAGUCAGCUCAUCAGGCGGGGUCGGGGGUGGAGGAGCAGCAGCAGGCGUUGCGAGCGGAGCUAGGGGAGGCUCGGGAGGCGCUGCGGAGGCAGGCGGAGCAGGUGGUGGCGCUCACACGGCAGUUGGAGGAAUCCUCCGGACAGCUGGAGGCUCUCCGGGCUGAGCUCCUUGCCGUACGAGCGGAGCAGGAAUCUGCCGUACAGCACCGACAAGAUACGGAGCAGCAGGCGCAGGGGCUGCGGGAGGAGCUGCAGCGCCUGCAGCAGCAGCUUCAAGAGCAGCAGCAACAGCAGUUGCAGCAGCAGCAGCAGGCAGCUCAAGAGGCUGCUGAAGCUGCUAGCCAGGCGGCAGCAGUGGCCGCAGAGGCCGCCGCCUCAGCUGCUCAAAAGGAGGCUGAGGUCCGGGUUUCGGAGCUGGAGGCCCAAUUGGCUGCCGCACAAGGGGAACGCGACACCGCACUGCUCCAACUUGAACAGCUGCAGCAGCUGCAGUUACGAGGGCAAGAAGGGCAGGAGGCGCAGCAACAGGCAAUGACAGCCGCAGCCGCUGCAGCCGAGGCUCGUGCGGAGGCGCUCGCACUGGAGGUCAGUGAGCUCCGAGGCGCUCAGGAGGCCGCCCUGGCGGUUUCGGAGCAGCUCAAGGAGAGGUGCGCGCAGCUGGAGGCGGCGCAUGAGCAGCUGGAGGAGCAGGGCCGGCAGGCGGCGGCGCAGGCGGCAGAGCUCAGCUCGCAGCUGGAAGCGGCUUCGGCGGCGCUGGCGGCGUCACAUGCCCGGGUUUCGGAGCUGGAGGCAGCAGCUGCGGCCGCGGCUGCGGCGGCGACAGCAGCAGCAGCCGCGGAAGAGGUACGGCAGAAGGAGGAGGAUGAGGGGGCAGCUGCUGCCACUGCUGCUGCGAGUGCGGAGUUGUCACAGCGGGUGGUGGAGCAGUCGGAGGCGAUGGAGAAGAUGUCCAGGGAGCUGCAGGAAGCCAAACGCAAGCUGGUCGCUAUCGCCAAGAAGCGCCAGGCGGAGGUGGCGGCGGCGGGCAAGGACGCGGAGGCCAAGCUGACGGCGGCGCAGGCGGCGGCGGCGGAGGCGGAGGCUGCGCUGCGAGCGGAUGUUGCGGCGGCACAGGCAGCGGCGGAGGCGGCAGUGGCGGAGCGGGAUGCGCUGUCGGGGCGGGUGGCGGAGUUGAGUCGGCAGGUGGCGGCGGCGAAUGAGGAGGCGGCGCGGAGGGAGGCGCUGCUGCAGGAGUAUAAGAGCCUGGCUGCCCAGAAGGAGGGUGCGGCGGGGGUGGCGGCGGCCCGCAUGGAGCAGGAGGUGAAGCGCCUCACGACCGAGUACGAGACCGCGCUGUCCAGGACCCAGGCCAAGCUGCGGGAUCGCGAGGUGGAGAUCGAGUCGCUGACCGCAUCCCUGGGUCGUGCGGAGAAGGAGGC